UCUCUCUCUCUAUCUGGGUUUAGGGUUAGGGUUUCGGGUUUCAUUUUUACACUUCUCUAAUUGUUCCUAAUAUUGUAGCAGAGUUCUUGCCGUUCGUGCUCCAUCAACCGCAGCAAUGAAGAAGGCUACUGCCAACAAAUGCCGCGCAGAAACAAUCACUCCUUAUGAACUACAACGCCUCAAAAAUUGUAUGAGGAACAAGGCGCGGAUCGAAGCACUUGGCUUACAUACCACCAGAAACGAGUUUGACACUAUGGCUCUAAUGAAGAGUGCAAGGGCCUCAAAGGGUAAAGAUCCUGAACACUCUGAAUCCGAGUACGCUCCUGGAGAUGAUCCUUCCGGUGAAGGACAUGAAUCUGAUGAUAGCCAAACAGAGUCAACUAACAAGACUGCUCGCAACAAAACUGGAAGUAAAAGAACUUCAGAUGACAUGUCUGCUGCUGGAACGUCACCACGUGCUGCUAAGAGAGCUGCUCCUGCUGUUGCACAGCCAACCACGAGGCUCACAAGGUCGCAGAAGGCUGCUCCUGCUCGUGCUGCUGCACAGCCAACUACAAGGGGCACAAGAGCUGCUCCUCCUGCUUCCAGAUCCUCUGGUGUCACAUCUAAGCUUCUACUUCCUGUCUUUAUUGUAGAUGAGGCCACUCAACAGCAAGAUGACCAGGUCCCCUUGACACCUGACGAACGCGCUGCAGGUGAUGAGUGUGCGGAGGCGCACAAUGAAGUACAGACUGAAGGCAAAGGUAGCGGCAGUUCCAAGGGGACAGAGUAUGGGAAAAGGUCUCCAAAAGAUGACCCGUGCUAG